CAGGAAACCUGCCCAAGGAGGGCAUGUUCACCAUCAAUUCCAUUGGCCGCCUGGGGAACCAGAUGGGCGAGUACGCCACCCUGUUCGCACUGGCCAGGAUGAACGGAAAGCCCGCAUUCAUCCCCGCGUCCAUGCACAGCACCCUGGCGCCCAUCUUCAGGAUCAGCCUCCCAGUGCUGCACAGCGACACCGACAAGAAGAUCCCGUGGCACAACUACCACCUGAACGACUGGAUGGAGGAGCGGUACCGCCACAUCCCGGGACGCUACGUGCGCCUCACAGGGUACCCGUGCUCCUGGACCUUCUACCACCACCUGCGCUCAGAGAUCCUGCAGGAGUUCACCCUGCACGAUCAUGUGCGUGAGGAGGCCCAGACCUUCCUGCGUGGCCUGCGGGUGAAUGGGGGCCAGCCGAGUACGUUUGUGGGUGUCCAUGUGCGCCGGGGGGACUAUGUGCAUGUCAUGCCCAACGUUUGGAAGGGCGUGGUGGCUGACCGGGGUUACUUGGAACAGGCCCUGGACAGGUUCCGGGCACGCUAUCCGUCUCCCGUCUUUGUAGUCACCAGUGACGACAUGGCCUGGUGCCGGAAGAGCAUCAGUAUCUCCCGAGGGGAUGUGUCAUUCGCUGGCAAUGGCCUUCAGGGGUCCCCUGCCAGGGACAUUGCGCUGCUCGUGCAGUGCAACCACACCAUCAUCACCGUGGGCACCUUUGGGAUCUGGGCCGCCUACCUCACAGGUGGGGAUACUGUCUACCUGGCUAACUUUACUCAGCCCAACUCCCCCUUCCACAUGGUUUUCAAGCCACAAGCAGCCUACCUCCCCAACUGGGUAGGCAUCGCUGCUGACCUGCACCGGCCCAGCAGAGGAACCUCUAGAGGUGCCUCAACUGGGCCCCCCAAGAGGCAUUGGAGGCUUGCUGCUUUGUACCCCCUCAGUUCCCACGUACAGUUCCAGCCCAGCCUCCCAUGUUUCACAGCAGAGAGAUUCUGGGUCAGUGAUGUCACCUCGCUGCCCUCCUGUGCACCCUGA